CUCCGUACGAAACAAGGCCUUAACCUCUUUGCUCCCUCGCUCGAGACUCCCAAUGUAGUCCUUACGUCCUUGGUACAUUUACCUUCGCGAGUCAGAUGCUACCGGCUGAGCGUUCCCAAUAUUAUGAUGCUAUGAAGUCGAUCUUGUCACUUAUCACCCUUUAGCCGAUCUCGAAGUGACCUUUCCUAACCCACAGGAGACCUUAACGCCUAUUCCGAGAAUAUCUCGAAUCCGCAGACGAGCCACUUUACUUAUGCUACAACAACGACCUCUGCGUCAGUCAAUCCACAAAUGGCACCACUCCCGACCUCUUCACAAACUCACCCGGCCACCGCGCAUCCACUUCUUCGACAUAAAAUCCCGCGUCGGUCCCUUCUCGCCCAACACCCUCCGCACCCGCCUGUCCCUGAACUACAAACGGCUCACCUACACCGAAUCGUCGAUCUCGUAUCCAGACAUCGAACCGCUAUGUAAGUCUCUGGACAUCCCGCCGGCCCAUCACGACAAGUCCGCCACGACGCCGAGGUACACUCUUCCCGCCCUCCUAAUCGAGAUCGACGACAAGGACAACGCCUCGCCUCUUGCCGUCGCGCGUCUCAUGCAAGACCAUCAUGGUCACUGCAGCGCUACAUCCGUACGACAUCCCAAUCUUGACUUCGGUCCGGCGGUGGCGGUCUCGACGACACUGGCUAUUGCGCAGACACUGGACGCGAAGUUCCCUGGGCCAGAGUAUCCUGCCCUGUUCCCCUUCGCAGACAGCGAGGAGCAAGCGCGGCACACACAACGUACAAUCACACGCGCUGUGGCACCGGCGCGGCGCCUGGUCAUUCCGUCUGUGCCGGACAUUCUGGACGAGCGAGGACGGGAGUAUUUCGACACGACGAGGCGGACGUGGUUCAAAGUCGACGCUUUAAACGAGCUCAGGCCCAAGUCCGAAGCUGAGGAGAAGCAACUAUGGCGGGGGUUGCAGGCGGACCUUGACGGUGUCAUCGGCGUACUGCGACGAGAGCAGGGCGGCGUAGAAGCGCCGUUUCUGAACGGCCAUGUACCGACCUAUGCGGACUUUGUGGUCAUGGCAUUUCUGGCCUGGUUUCACCGCGUGGAUAGGCGGGCAUGGGACCGAGUACUGGAGUUUGGAAACGGAGAGUUGAAGACGCUCUGGGCUGGGUGCAAGCGGUGGCUGGACGGCAGAGGGGAGCAACUGGAGUGGGAGGUCGAGUAGGAUUGAUGUCCAUGGACUGGGUGUCUUUGCGAAGAGCACCGGACGAACUACAGACCGUCGUGCUCUAGAGACUAGCAGCUUCAACGGCCAGAGCCCAAAUCUAUAUUUUCCGGCCACGGUGGACCUCUUGUCAACUCCGUCAUGCUGUACAAUCGGCACGAGCUCAAAUGUCUCGGUGCAAUACUAGAUACCAUCCAUGAUGGACCUUGUGGAGUUUAACAAGUUCAAUUCGUGAAGUCAGACAAAUCUCCACAAGCUCAGCCUGAC